AUGCAUCCAAAUAGAAAUCUCGGGUUUUAUCCUAACUCAAGAGAUGAAAACUUAAACGGCAAGGUCCCUGUGUAUGAUCCUGAUGGAUAUAGCAAACAUCUGAAUCCUUCUGCUGAUUUUUACAGCCCUCAAGUGUAUAGACCUCCUCCUUCUAACUUUUAUUUGUCAGCAAAUGAGUUUGUGCCGAACUUCUAUCGAUCAGAAGAGGAAUUCCCAAAAUUAUCUCAGCCAAAAUUGCCAAAUUUACAAGCAGAAGAAUUUUAUCCUCCAGGAUUUUCACAGUCUCAAGUGCAACCAAGAACUCUUAAAGCACCAAAUAUAUUAUACUUAUUUUUUUCAAAAAAAAAAUUUUAAUGUUUUCUUAUAAUUAAUAAGGCAAAUUUUUAAUAAAAAUAAAAUAAUGAAUAGGAAAAUAUAAAAGAUUGACUAGAAAAUACAAGCCCCAAAUCCAAAUGCAGUUAGUUUUGUGCCACUUAACGUCCUGCCAAGCCCAGCUCCUCCUGCACCAACUCCUCCGCAGCAAGUUCCUGACAGUGAAGAACUUACAUUUGGGGUUAGAGGAAUACUGUCCUUACAAAAGGAUACCACAAGUGAUUUGCAUAUGCUUGCUCGAGGAAGAGAUUUGACAAAACUAGGGCUGAAUAUGAAAUCCUCAGAAAUUCUUGCUUCAACACUCCCAAACGUUUUCCAAGAUGGGGAACUUGACGCUACAGAGCAGCCAGAAUUUUCACUGCCAUCGUGCUAUUAUUCUCAUUUUAUAUAAUUAGGAUACAUUUUCAUAAUAAAACCCCUCUAUUUUAUAUAGAAAAAAAAAUUAUCACUAUUACUUGCAAGCCGAGGCUAAUUAGCUGAUAAAUAUAUCAGCAAGCCAAUCCUCAGGAUGAAAAUGUUUGGGAUUUUUGAAAUAAAAACGCUUUUCUAUAUUUUUUAUAAUAUGCCUGGAGAGAUGUUGCAAGCGCUAUCAGCAGAAGAACUGUAUAAAAGAGAUUGGGUGUAUGACCCCAAUGGACAGAAAUGGUAUUCGGGCUUUGGGAAUAGUUGGAAAACUUUUGAUGCAGGAAGCUGGGAAAUUUUGCAGUGCAAUUCUCCAAACACAACGUUUUUAUCGAAAGAUGAUGUUAGAGUAAAGCGAGCGGCAGCUUAG